AUGUACACAUACUGCUGCCUGGCGCCUGGGCAGAACGUCUGGCCUCUGCUGCAGCACCUCACCUACACCUACCUGCCCGCCCCUCCGCUGCUGCCCCCCAUUCAGGCCCACAACUUCUGCAGCCGGCCCCCGAGCCUGAGCGCGGGCGGGUGGGCGGCUCCGCGGGAAUACCACUGCUUCCACGCCACAGGCGCGACGCUAGUUGUCACGCCGCCCUUGUGGGCCUUCCCGCAGGCCUACGCCGCGGCCCUGCAACCGCUGUUCCCAGCGCCCGGCUACCCAGGGCCGUCGCUGCAGGAGCCCGCAGCUGCGGGGCUGGCGGCUGUUGAGAGCGGGACGCAGUGGCCGGAAGGCGGCAGCCUGCAAGCUGAGCUGCGCUGGGGGCGCGUGGAACGUACGCUCGGGCCGGGACUCGAGCUGCCGGACUUCGUGCGCCGGGAGUUGCGGCGAGCGUACGGCACGUACCCCCGCACCGACGUGCGCGUCACCUAUCGCGGCGGCGAGUUCCUGCUGCAGGGCGCGCCGCGCGUGCGCGAGCCCGAGUACCGUACGGAGAGGCGAGUGGUGCGCCGGCCAGCCGGCAGCUUCAGCGGCGACAGCAGCCCCGCGGGGGAAGCGGCGGAGCGCGGCCGCCGGAAGAAGAGGAAAGACUUGAGCUGAGGGCGCCGCGAGGCCCGGCGGCCGGUCAGGGUCCAGACCCUUGAAGUCUCUCAACUUCCCCCAUCUCGGGACUACCCCGGUGGCUCAGUGGUUAAGAAUCCACCUGCCAAUGUAGGGGACAUGGGUUUGAGCCCUAGUCCGGGAAGAUCCCACAUGCCGCGCAGCAACUAAGCCCAUGUGCCACAACUACUGAGCCUGUGCCCUAGAGCCCGCGAGCCACAACUACUGAGCCUGUGAGCCACAACUACCGAAGCCCGCAUGCUCUAGGGCCCACGUGCUGCAGCUACUGAGCCCGCAUGCCUAGAGCCCGUGCUCCGCAACAAGAGAAGCCACUGCAAUGAGAAGCCCGGGCACCGCAACGUGAAGAGUAGCCCCCACUCUCCGCAACUAGAGAAAGAUCGCACGCAGCAACGAAGACCCAACGCAGCCAAAAUUAAUUAAUUAAUUU